GUUCAGGCUCAGGAAGUCAUCGACCAAUUAAACAGUACAUCUCCCCUCCAAAUAUUGUAGCACUGAGAGGUCAAGCAUUGGAGCUAAGCUGUAUUUAUGGUGGCACGCCAUUACCAGAUAUCGAAUGGAAGAAAAAAGGAGGGAACCUGGCAACUGAUAGAUUUACCUUCAUCAACUAUGGCAAGACUUUGAAGAUACGUAAAGUAGACUUUGAAGAUGAAGGAACGUACGAGUGCACAGCCAGUAAUGGAGUGGGCAGUCAACAGACACAUGCCAUGGCUGUCACUGUACAAGCUUCUCCCUUCUGGAUUACAUCUCCCACUGACACGAGUGCAGCUGAGGAAGAGUCUGUAAGGUUUGAGUGUAAAGCAACUGGUGUUCCUGAGCCAAAGCUCCAAUGGCUUGUAAACGGUGUACCAAUAGAAGAUGCUAAACCUAAUCCACGAAGAAAAGUAGAAGGUGAUGUGAUGAUCAUUGAAAACUUAGCUAAAACUGAUACUGCCGUCUAUCAAUGUAAUGCUUCUAAUGUUCAUGGAUAUGCUUUUGCUGACUUCUAUAUGAAUGUAUUGGCUUUGCCACCAACUAUUAUUGAAGCCCCAGAAGUAGAAUCCACAGCAGUCGUCACUUCAACUAUUACUCUACAGUGUCGAGUGUUUGGAGCUCCUCAGCCGGAAGUAACUUGGAUGCGAGAUGGGCAAGAAUUGACGGGAGGCCGAUAUCAGGUGCUUGAAAAUGGAGGCUUGAAAAUUAGUGAUGUUUUAGUAACAGACAGAGGAGAAUAUACGUGCUAUGCAACCAACAAAUUUGGAGAUACAUCUGCUAGUGGUGUCCUUGAUGUGAAAGGGAAAACUCGAAUCACUCAACCACCAGAAAACUUUGAAGUAGCUGCAGGAAAGUCAGCAACAUUCCGAUGUAACGCCGAAGCUGAUCCAAGUUUGGAACUCACAAUUGAGUGGCAGUUUAAUGAUCAACCUGUAGAUUUUGACCAGGACCCUCGUAUGGUACAGGCAGCAGACAAUUCUUUAACUAUAACAAAGACUCUGGAGUUGGACUCUGGGGUGUACACUUGUGUUGCACACACGGUUCUUGAUGAAGAUACAGCUUGGGCUACCCUCACUGUUCAAGAUGUCCCAAAUGCACCAAAGAUAAAAGAUGUGGAAUGUGAUGGACUAAUUGCUCUUGUUGAAUGGCAGCCAAUGGGAGAUCGUCGAGCACCCAUUCUGAGCUAUACAAUUCAGUACAAUACUAGUUUUACUCCGGACACCUGGGAAGACGCUUUUAUCAAUAUUCCUGCACCCGACACUCGCUUCAAGGUUUCCAUGACUCCCUGGGCCAAUUACACUUUCCGGGUGAUUGCUCGAAAUAAAAUUGGACCAAGCCUUCCAAGUGGUUCAUCUCAGCGUUGUACUACUCCUGCAGAUGUACCAUUCAAAAACCCUGACAAAGUGAUGAGCCAUGGUACCAAUAAACAUAACUUAGUUAUAUCUUGGACGCCCAUGUCAAAAAUUGAACACAAUGGUCCUGGGUUUUUCUACAAAGUGUUCUGGAAGAGAGAGGAUCUUCAUGGUGCUCAGUGGGAGACAGUAGUGAUUGCUGAUUGGCAGCAGAAUGAGUAUGUUGUAGAUAACCAACCAACAUUUACAGAGUAUCGACUGAAAGUAGAGGCACAUAAUAAAAUUGGCCAAGCUCACGUACCUGCAGCUGAAGUUUUAGGUUACUCGGGAGAAGAUCGACCUUUGGAUGCACCUACAAAUUUCAAGUUGAACUUUAUAAAAAAUGCUCAUUCUGCCAUGUUUUCUUGGGAUCCUGUUUCUCCUGUCUCCAUACGUGGUCACUUCAGGGGGUACAAGAUUCAAACAUGGACUCCAGAAGAAGGUGAAGAUAGGCUUCGGGAGGUUACAGUUCCAGCCAAUGUUACACAGUCACUCGUCAACAUUUUUAAACCUUUCUCCAGAAACAUUGUAAGAGUUUUGGUUUUCAACAGCAUCUACUCGGGGCCAUCUUCAAAUGAAAUUGAAUUUACUACACAUGAAGGAAGUAUGUCAUAGAAUUUAAUAUUGUAC